UGCGGACGCGGAGGCAAACGCUUGUUCCCUUACAAACGUCAAACUAUAGUGUUCUCCUUCGUUUUAUUGGUCACGGGGAACUAAACAGCUUUUUGAGCAUCUAAUAAAAUCUUACUGCAAAGCAAUUAUAAUGGCCAGCUCCGGAGCGCCACCACCGAUGGACGAUGAUGACGAUUGGUUCAGCAAAGAUAUCGACGAUUUCGUGGUUGACAUCAAGAAGGAUUCCUCUGCCGAGCCGGGGCAGGAUGUUGACACCGCUGCUAGUUUGUUACUGGAAUCAUUGCGGACCAAUCCGAAGCAGUUUUUCGAUGAUGUCGGCGGGAAUUACUUCGACCCCUUUGCCGCUACUCAGUCAGCAGCGAGUACAUCAGAAACAAAAAUUCAUCUUCCGGAAGAUAAGAACGGCUACGUGCAAAAGAUUCCAUUUUCGAAGUUGUUGAAUCUUUCGGAGAACGAGAGCCGGGAGGUACUGCUGGACAUUUAUAGUCAGAAAGACCAGUUCGUCAAAACAUUCACUCAGGAGAAGUGUGGCGACGAGUUGAUGUUGGUCACCAUGAAGAUCAUGAAUAAAAUAGCAUCUCUGCCUUUGUUUGAGAUCAACGAGGAAUUAUUUCGGAUGUUGGUCAAGGAUAAAAAUUUUUGGAACAAUCUGAUCUUAUUUUUCAAGCGAAGCACCAAUCAGGCAGAGGCCCGCAAAAAGAAAAGUAAGGGCAAGGUACAGGGUGUUAGUGUGAUGGAUAUGUUGGGCGCUGUAGGCAAAAUGGUGACCAAUGUUCGAAGGAUUCUUGGGGAGAAGAAACGGAUUUCGAAAUUUCUGGAGGAAUUGACCGAAGUGUUAACGAAAGCGAAUAUUAAAUUCGAUGCGCUUAGUCUAGGAGGAGUUGUAAUCGCAAACAGCGUUAAGCAUUGGAGUAUCUACCCCACAUUGGAGGAACUGAAGGGAUCUGGCACCGACCUGAAACCGAACAUUGUCAGUGGGAAAUUUCCCUCGGUAGACCACUAUUUAGAGGUACAUUUGGGUCUUUUGAAAGAAGACUUUAUGAUUCCCCUCCGGGAUGGCAUUGCAGCCUAUGUAGCUCACAGCAAAGAUAAGUCUAUGGAUAAGCCAUUUUCCGGCGACCACAUUCGCAUUCACGAGUGCGUUAAGUUACUGCUUCCAGGCAGCGUGAAUCGUCGUUCUUCCAAGGAGGAGCUGGUCAUAGUCGAUUUGGAUCCGAUGGAGCGAAUCAGCAACGGUGGCACCGGAGGAAGGUCGAUGCGAUUCAGCAAGUGGGGUCAGUCGAACUCGAAGCGUUUGAUGCAUGGUUCGAUGGUUUGUUUCUCGUCUGGCUUGCAGUUCGAUGACCUUAUUGUGGCCAUCGUUAGCCACCGCGAUAGUGAGCAGCUUUCCAAUGGGUACAUAUGCGUCGAAAUAUUUAAGGUGGAGAAUAUAAACGACAUUUUCAAUCGAGAACUCCUAAUGAUAGAAAGCGAAAUAUUUUUCGAACCGUACCAUCACGUGUUUAAUGUGAUGAAGAAUCUCAAACCGGAUACGUUUCCCUUCAAAUCCUACAUUGUAGACACACAAUCACAACAGCAGUACCCGGACUACAUUUCUCGGGAUCGUAAAGCUGUGUUUAGCCAUCGAGGACAGCGGUACAAUCUAAAAGUCCCUAGUGAGUGGCCCGAGAAUGGAUCUUCAACUGGACUAAACCCUUCACAGUACAAAGCGUUCAAGCUGGCAAUGACCCAUAAAUUUGCUCUAAUUCAAGGACCACCUGGUACUGGAAAAACGUAUAUUGGACAGGAGAUUGUUCAAGCCCUACUGUCCAACACGGAACAUCAAAUUCUGUUGAUUUGUCUCACUAAUCAUGCCUUGGAUCAGUUCCUAAGUGGGGUUCUGCGUCAUAGUAACAGCAUAGUGCGUAUGGGUAGCCAGUCGAAACACGCUCUGUUAGACAGUUAUAAUGUGAAACAGUUGAAUGAGGACGUUUUGAUCGAUAAACGCCUGAGAACUUGCUACUAUAACAGCAAACAGGAGUAUCUAAAACAGAUGGAAGAGUUUGAAAAACUCCAAAGAGAAGGCAGCAGCGAGGAUAUCGUACAAUGCUUGAACCGCUUGCAGCAAUCUUCUCGUCGAAUACACGAACUGAACCAACUGUCCAACUACGAAUUCGUCAAGAACAUCCGUGUCGUCGGCAUGACGACAACUUUCGCCGCCCGCAAUCACACUCUGCUGCAAUUGUUGAAGUCACCGAUCGUUCUGAUUGAGGAAGCAGCAGAAGUUCUUGAAUCACACAUCGUUGCUUCAUUGACUCCGUGGACGGAGCAUUGCAUUCUGAUUGGAGAUCACUUUCAGCUUCGCCCGACCACAAGCGUACACGCCAUGUCACAGCGCUAUCAGAUGGACAUUUCGCUGUUCGAGCGAAUGAUCAAAAACCGCUUGAAUGUGGUUUGCUUGGAAGAGCAGCACCGAAUGCGUCCGGAGAUGGCCGAUUUAAUUCGACCAUCCAUUUAUCGGGAAUUAGCGGACAAUGAGUCCGUACGAGGACGGCCCAAUAUAAGAGGAAUGAGAAAAAAUAUGUUCUUUUUCACGCACACCGUAAUGGAGGAUGGUUUGGGAAGAGAUGACGAAAAGUCCAAAAAGAAUAGUUUCGAGUGCAAAUUUGUGCUAGGGUUGGGUGAAUAUCUGGUCGCGCAGGGUUACCGACCAGAGGAUAUUGUCAUCCUUACUGCUUAUAACGGUCAGAUGCUUCAUUUGGUGCAGGAACGCAAAAGCCACGAAAAGCUCCAUGGAAUUCGGAUAACUGUGGUCGAUAACUACCAAGGCGAGGAAGCCAAAAUUAUUCUACUUUCGUUGGUCCGUAGCAACGAUACCGGUUCGAUUGGAUUUCUAGCGUUUCGAAAUCGGAUUUGUGUAGCACUCUCGCGGGCCCGCGAUGGUUUGUACAUGGUGGGCAAUAUGAGCCUGUUGGCGGGCUGCAACAAGGUUUGGCAAAGUAUUAAACAAAGACUGGAACAACACUCGGCGAUUGGUGACACGCUGGAACUGAUGUGCGAGGAGCACAUGAAUAUUAUUAAGAUAAAAGAACCAGAGGAAUUCGAAAAAGUCAGCUUUGGUGGUUGUCAAGAUAUGUGCCGAGUGGUAAAAGAGUGUGGGCACCAGUGCGACAGUUUCUGUCACGGAUCAUUAUAUCCGCAUCGGACCUGCUUGUGUCACCAAGAAGAAAUUACCGGAUAUUAUUGAGUGAUAUCUCACGGAAAAAAACAUCUUCGUAGGAUGCAGGAUCUUCAUCUACAAUUUUAAUAUAAAUCCGAUAUUUACAUUUUAUAUGGUUUAUACGUGGAACCAUUCAUAACACUUUAGUACAGCUAAGCAGAUUUUUUAACUUCUAUCGAAAUCGAUAAACAAGAAUUUUACGUACAAUUUAUCCUUCAUUCAAGAAUAUACAAAAUUAUAUGGCGCUGGAGUAGAUGGAAUUGAAUUGAUGAACCCCUUUUCUCUUCAGAAGAGAAAUACACGUCUAGUUUAGAAUUCCGCAAAAAAAAAAAUACAAAUACCUAUAUUUAUUCUCAAAUUAAAA